UGUGUUUGUGUGUGUGUGUGUGUGUGUGUGUGUGUGUGUGUGUGUGUGUGUGUGUUCUUGUACUUACCACAUACUGAGGACCAGAAUGAGUUUUUAACCAACAAAGUGAGGUCAUUUUUGGGAAGUGAGGACAUUUUGGCCGGUCCUCACUUUGUUUUCACUGAAAUCACUUCCUAAGGUUGUAAACAUGCUAUACUCCGUUUCUCUCAAAAGUCCUCAUUUUGGUGCAAGAAUCCGUUUUUCCACUCCUGAUUUUCACACGGUUUUGCUCUCUGGCUCCCACUACAGGCGAUUUUCUGGUACUGCACCCAAAUUAUUCCACAACUGCAAAGCAUGUAGUCCUCUGUUAUGUUGUGCUUACAGCUAUAAUAAAUAGUUUUGUACUUGACAUUUGCAAUUCUUAUUGUUUUUUGAAAAUAAUUAAAUGUAGAUUAAUAUAUUUAUUGAGCUUACUAGGUCCUGAGCACUGAAAGUGCAUGGACCCUCUUGAAAUUGCUCUGAUUAUCUUUCCUUCCAUCUUUCUUUCUUUCCUUCUUUCCUUCUUUCUUUUCACCUUAAAGUAAGUGGCUUUUGGGAGAGACUAAAGAUGCUUGUCAACUCAUGAAACUUUGCACAAAAUUUGAUGAUUGGAGAAAUGUUCAUUUAAUAUGGAUUUAAGGCACAGGCAUGGCAAAAUGGGUGGAUACUGAACCCUAAGAGAGUGAGCUUUACAUGAAAAUAACUUUGUUGCUAACAAAUGACAUAACUGGCAUUAAGGAUUCAGAUUUAGAUCUGUGGCAAACCAGCUCUCCUCAGCUUCCUCAAGAAGAGAUGCUGUUGUACCUUCCCAAUGACAGUAAAUGUAUGACAUGCCCAGAGAGUUCUUCAGUACUGUUCACCCCCUGAAAUUUAAAACUGGAGACACUCUCCACUGCUUCACUACUGAUUAAAAUUGGGUUAUGAUUUUUCCACUUCCUCCUGAAGUCCAGUAUAAUCUCCUUUGUCUUCUUGUUGUUCAACAUAGAUAACUGGUGGAACAUCAAAUUGUCAGGUUUUGCACCUCAUCUCUGUGUGCCAUAUCAUUGUUGUUAUGGAUCAAGCCUAUGAUCUUCAAGUCAUUUGUAGACCGAGUCCCUCUGUCCCUCACCCAUCACAACCUAUUCAAAAUAUUCUGGUGACACACUGCUAUACUUGCAUUCCUCAGUGACGAUAACUCGUUAAGCUAUCAAAAUUUCCAUUGCCCACUUCACACAGUGAUGUAUGGACAGCUAUGUACAGCUGAAAAAAAAACAGAGAACUGGUCAUUAAUACUUCCAACACACACAGCACAGUCCACCACUCCACCCUCAAAUCCAUCUGCAUCAAUAAUUACUGCUGAGAUUGUGGAGAGAUUGAUUUGAGUGCAGUGGACAAGCAGUAAUCCUAACCCCCUAACUCAAACUGGAGCUUAGCCCUAAAACACUGGGCUACAGACCUGGUUCUGACAAAUGUUUGUAGAGCUCCCGGAGGGUUUUCAAGACCAGUCUGAUCCAUGUCCCUAGCCCCUUCAAUUCCUAAGUUAUGGGCCUUUAUGUUUGAAAGGUCAGGAGGUCAUCAUGCAAAGUGAACCAUGAAAACUUUUACCUUCAUAACUCCUGAACCACUCAAGUAAGAAGGACACCCAGGGCACUGUUGCGUUCAGUAAAAUGAUGGCUACGUGUUGUCGUGAAGUGAAAAAUAUGCCCUCACAUUUCUGUGGAAUGUGCCAUCAUAAGAGGUCAAAAGUUGGUCAAAGCUUGAGAUUUUGUUGAAGGGCAUGGGUGGUGAACUUUGAUGUUUCGCAAGCAAAAGAAGGAAGCUGUUAUAACUCAGCUGUACAUGGUGGAAUCUGCCCCAAAACUUACAGGUAUGAUGAGACUCCCACCCUGAAAACAUCUCCAUGCCAAUAUUCAGUUAUCAUGUAUUUACCUCUCCUUGUUUCAGAUUCCCCCUUCCCUGCUUGUGUGGUUUUGUCCUCCUCCCUGAUUGUCUCCCCCCACCCUGAUUACUUUCACCUUAUUACCUCGUGUGUAUGUUUAUAGUCCCUGUGUUUCCCGUGUCUGUUGCCAGUUUGUCUUUUGUCCAUGCACCGAACUUUGCUGCCAGUCAACGCUGUUACCUUGCCUACUCUCUGUCAGUUUUGCUUUGGAGUCUGCACCAUCAAGUAUCCCAGCCGCAAUGCAUUCUCAUAAAUGAAAUGAACAGUGUGUGAAUAUUUGAAUGAUUUCUAAAAUCAGCUAAAGGAUGAAAUGACGUGACCUAACAAAUUGGGAAAGAAAGCCCAUCUCAAACUGAGGAUUUUAGUUAAAUAACCCACUGUAAUGAAGGAAGCUCUGUCAAUCUAGUCAAUUUGGUAUAAAAAAUGAAUGAAUUACAUCAUCGAUGAAUACUUGAUCUGAAAUAAUGUGAUUUAUACCAUAUAGGGCUAAAGGAUGAAACAACGUGAUGUCGUGACCAGUAUGCUUGAAUGCAGGUUACACAAAACAAUUACUACUAAGGAAAUAAGGACCUUAUAAUCAGCUAUUUGUUAUGUAACAAUCUGAUCAAUUUUAAAAUCAAUCUGGAACAAUUCAUUAUGUAAGGGGUCAUUAACAGCUGUUUAACAUAUAUGGCGUUAGCAGCAAGUGUGUGUCGCAGGAUGACUUCCUUUUGCAGUGUUUCAUACAGUUGAGUCCUGGCAUUUAUCAAAUGUAAAGUCUUUUUAAAAACAACGCACUGUCAGUGGCAACUCUGCAACAAGCAAACAGCAGGUGACUUUGACAUCAUGCCCUGCUCUCACCAUAUAUGAAGUGUUACACAAUGUCAUCAGACAAAGCAUAGUUACUUGCACGAGUUUGACAGCGGGUUUAUUUGCCAACUGCCAGAAUACCAUGACGUACAUUAACUGUUAUCUAGUGUGCAACAGCAGAGUCUGUGCUUGUGUUCACAGCAAGUUAGCUAAUUGAAAUUAACCAGAAGAUCCGGAUGUUAUUCUCCAGUGUCUUUUCCCCCACUCCACUCCAGCAGACCCAACAGAGAGUAGAGACAGACAGUUGGGGAGCUGUGGAGGACAAAGCUUUGGUAGAGGAGUCUCCCCCUCCUGAAGCUUCUCUCUGCAGCUCCCCGACUGUCAGCUCUGUCUGUGCCGGCGUCUGUCUCUCUGCUCCACUCAGCAAAGUAAUAGGCUGUACUACUCUGUGAUAAAAGUAACCACACAGCAAGCUUUGUUAUUUGUUCAAUAUUUGCAGGAAAAAUUAUCCAAAAAGCACUGACACCACUAAAAUGCUGAUGAGUACUCCUGGUUAGCAUUGGCUUGGUGAAACUGCGAUGCUCCUUAUUAUUCAGAACCUUAAUAUUCAUCCUUAAUAUAAUUUAAAUGAGUGAGUUAUAAAAUAAUUUGUGUUCUAGAGACCAAAAACAUGUUUUGUGCUAGGCUGUAAAUAUAUUUAUUUCUACUGUGAAGUUGGGCAUUUUAACAUGGGGGUCUAUGGAAAUUGAAUUGCUAUUGGAUGCUGCUUGAUUAGAGCAAGAUUUUUUCCUGUUUUGCUCAGCUUUGGUGAAAUGAAAAAAGCCCAAUAUUAUUGAUACUGUUAUCUAAAAAAUAAAAUAAAAUAAAGUUAAAAAAGUAAUUCUUCUGAGAUAAAUAUUUGGGUCUAUUUUGUACAAUCUGGGCAACUUUAUCUGGUUUUGGGAAAAUGUGAUUACAUUUUAUAUUUAUUCAAAGCCAGAGAAAAAUCUAAAUCCUUCUCAAGCUUUCAGGCAACUCUCUUUUACUGAGCAAGAGAAAAGGGCAUGCUCUGCUCAUGCUUCUCCUACCCCUCCCCCCACUUCUGGAAUGUGCAAAUUAAGAUUCAGCCAAUCAGAGCUCUCCAUGAGCCCAAGUGGCAAGGUGAAACUUCGGUCAGCAGCAAGACUAUUCUGUCCACCUGCACCUCAUGGAGACAGCCAAACGGAGGAUAAAAACUAAGGAGUCAUCACCAAAAAUGCAAACUGAAUUAUGCAGUAAUCGAGAUGGAGAUCUGCCAGAUCUGAUCCUUAUAAGUUCUCCUGUUGAGCACCAACAGGAAGCUGUAACUACACGAAGACAUGAGGGUGAUGAUGAUGAGGAUGGAGAUCUGCCAGAUCUGAUCCUUAUAAGUUCUCCUGUUGAGCACCAACAGGAAGCUGUAACUACACGAAGACAUGAGGGUGAUGAUGAUGAGGAUGGAGAUCUGCCAGAUCUGAUCCUUAUAAGUUCUCCUGUUGAGCACCAACAGGAAGCUGUAACUACACGAAGACAUGAGGGUGAUGAUGAUGAGGAUGGAGAUCUGCCAGGUCCAACCCCUACAAGAACUCCUGUUGUGUACCGAUGGGAAGCUGUAACUACACGAGGACAUGAUGAUGAUGACGAUGAGAGUGAUGAUGAUGAGGUGCUGCUGUUAAAACUGGUGCUUCAAACGUGCACAGAAAGAGACCCUGUUCUGCUGAGGAGAGAACUGCUGUCAAGCGGCAUAGUUUGUAGCUCUCAGGAAAGUACCAGCAAAAGAUGACUGCCUGCUCUGCACUGGUAAAGAGUCUCCUGUAUUUAACACCAGAAUAUGGGUAGACAUUAAAUACUUUGUCUAUAAUGAGAUAGUUAAGUGGCAUUCUAAAAGGAGUCUAUGAUUCAUAAAGUUACCUAGUGUUAAGGGAUAUGAUGCAGAUCUGUUCACUAAGAACCACGCUGCUGGCUACAAGUUGCCAAUGUUGAAAUGUUGUAUGGAGUUGGCAGACAAACAAUUUAUGUUUAUGUUAUUUAUAAGUUUUUCUUUGCAAUGUUUUGCAAUAAAAUGCACAUUUAUGUGGGGCCUUGCUGAUUUGUCCAUUUUUUUUCAUGAAUAUUCAGCAAUCAAAUAUCAAAAAUAAACCCAAUUUAAAAAUUUGCUUAAUGACAGUAAAUUUAUAAUGAACGAAAUUGGCUAUUGAGGAUUAUAUGUUCUAAAAUUAAGCAUUUCAUAACUUCAUAAGGUAAAAACAGAGUAUUAUACCAUGGAAUUAUGCCAAAUCUGUCCUCAGUAGGCCUAGAGUAAGCAUAUCUCAGUUAAUAAUCCCAGUGAAAUACUGUAAAACAAUAAUCUCACAAACUAAGUUUCUGGUCCCCACUUUGGUGGUUAAAAUCUUUUUUCUGAAACUUUGUCUUUCGCAAAAUCUAAGCUGGUGUAUAGGUUAAGGGUGCCCUCUACUGUCAAGAAAUGCUAUUUUUAUGUUGGUCUGUAGAGUGGAAGUGCCGGUCCUCGCUUUGUGAGUCUUUUUCAUCGGACCUCACUAUGCAGCAAGUACAAGAAUGUGUGUGUGUGUGUGUGUGUGUGUGUGUGUGU